GGGCCGCCGCCGGCACGCCUCAUUGCGCCUGCGGCCUGAUGACUUCGAGUGGUGGCUGGCGGCGCUUGGUCUUGAGGGCCCCCAACGACUCGGCAGUACAGCUGGCUAUGGUGAGUCUACCUUCUCAGCCUAAAUGCUGCGUGCAAGCUCCACCAUUAACAUUCCGCUGCGACAGGCUUCCAGCGUGCCCUCGAGGUGUACAUUCAGCCCGCCGAGCCGUCCGCCGCAGCUCUGCAGCUGCGCCAAGCCAUCUGCGCCGAGGCUGAGAGCGCUGCUCUGCGCCGCUCGUCAGAGGACGCGGAGGCUGCGCACGAGCCGUGGACGUUCGACUGGGUGCCGCGCGAGGGGCGUGUGCGCGACAGGAAGAAGAAGAAGAACGCUGGCCACCCGCAAGCGGGCAGAGACGGCCAAGCCGCGGACGCAGAGGGCGCGGGUGCAGCAUGCGGCGUCGAUCUGUGACGGCCCGUCGCCCACAAUGAUACCCCACUCUGCAUGUGUCCAGCCGCAAGGCGUGCGUGGGCGCACGAGUGCCGGUGCGAGCGCUCGGGAGUCUGACGUGCGGCUGGCUCGCGCGAUCGAGCGCACGCAGCUUACGGGCGAGCCGGGGCCUCUAGCACGGACGCCUGUCUCAAGUCUCAUCCUCUGGCGCAAGCCUGCAGUUAGUCCUGCUUAGGCUGGCGAGCGACAAGCGCCGUCGCGCAGGAGGGGAGCGGCAAGCGCGCCAUGGAAGCAGACCAUGCUGCGCGCCGAAGCAGGUCGGAGUCCGCUGCGGGAGCAGCUGUCCCAACCCUCCCGUGCGGCCAGCUCGAGCGAACGGAUGCGAGAGGGUCGCCGAGCCGCUGCGUC